AUGUCGCAGCUCGAUGACCUGACCAAUCGAGAGUUGGCCGAAGAGAUUGAAGCCAUCAAUGCCAUCUACGAGCCCGAGACAAUCAAAGUAGAGAGCAGCGCGCCCGCGCCCACGCCCGCUUCAACCGCCGACCCUAAGGCCCCUCUAUCCGAUACCGCACAAACAACAGUCACUCUCCAGAUUCCCGGACAGCCGCAUCUCUCAUUUAUCCCAGGGUUCGGAGCAACAUACCCGGAAACACGACCUUCAAUUCUCGGAACCGCAUCGACAGCAGCGCGCGGCGAGGGCAAAAUUGCCGUGGAUAUACUGGAAGAUAUAGUACAGCGUACCUGGCAACCUGGCGCCGUCUGCCUAUUCGACGUGAUCAGCGAAGCGGUUGAAGUCUUCCCAGAGCUCAGCAUUGGAGGGGCCAAGGAUGCAGUGGAAAGCGCGGACGCCACUGCGCACGGCCAGUCGUCAAACCAACCAUCCGAUACAGAAGCGGUAGCCAGGACCGCAGAGGAUCUCGCCAGGAUAUCACUACGGGAUGCGUUCGGACUUGAGGACCCGCCGGUGUGGGUUCUCUCUGAUGUGAUUUCCGAGAAGAAAUCUGUGUUUUUAGGACGAGCCGUGCGCGUCGCCAAUGUGGCGCAGGCGCAGGCUUGCUUGGAGCAUCUCACCGCGACGGACAAGAAAGCUGCAAUGGCAACACACAAUAUUAGCGCAUGGCGUAUCAAGCAGAAGAAGGAUGGGGGGAAAGAUGCGGCAGAGACGCAAAUACAGGAUUACGAUGAUGAUGGUGAGACGGCCGCCGGCGGCCGCUUGUUACAUGUGAUGCAGUUGAUGGAUGUUUGGAACGUGCUUGUUGUGGUCUCGCGCUGGUACGGUGGUAUUCAGCUGGGACCGGCACGCUUUCGACUCAUCAACGAUGCUGGCCGUGAUGCCCUGGUCAAAGGCCGCUUUAUCGAGGAAGCAUCGGCGAGCUCGGAGAAAGGCAAGAAGAAGGGCAAAAAAUGA